AUGUUACAUUCGAGAUUCUUUCAUUCUUCUCAAGCUCUUCGUUUAAGACGAUCUCUGUCAAUGGUGUCGUUGAAGGACCAAGUGGGAGUUAUUGGAUUGGGUCAAAUGGGUGGACGCAUGGCGGACAAUCUUCGUAAAAAUGGAUACAAUCUCGUGGUAUGUGAUUCCGACCCUGUCAAUGUCCACAAACAAGUUGAUCAAGGAGCUGUAGCUGCUGUUAAUGCUAGAGAAGUGGCUGAACAAUGUAAUACUAUCAUCACGAUGCUGCCGUCAACUGCUAUUGUUGAGGGUGUCUACCUUGGGGAGAAUGGUGUGCAUGAGGCUUUACGUAGUGAUCAUUUGCUGCUUGACUCGAGUACCAUUGAUCCAAUCUUUACCAAGAAAUUAAGCAAAGAGCUCCAUGAUCGUGGGGCGACUUUUGUCGAUGCGCCAGUAUCUGGUGGUGUGGCUGGAGCUCAGAACGGGACAUUGACGUUCAUGGUCGGUGGAGAAGUGGAAGAGUUUGAACGUGUUAAACCAUUGCUAGCAGCGAUGGGGAAGAACCUCGUUCAUUGUGGCGGCAGUUCUACCGGUCAAAUUGCCAAGUUGUGCAACAAUCUGGCACUGGCAAUUCAAAUGGCGUCUAUUGCAGAAGCUGUAAACCUCGGGACGACGUUGGGAAUUGAUGCCAAGAUUCUCAAGAACAUUAUGGACACGUCCACGGCCUCGUGCUGGUCUUCCUUAGUCAAUCACCCGUACCCGGGCUUGAUGGAGAAUGUACCAUCAUCGAACAAUUACGAGGGAGGGUUUGCUGUUGCAUUGCACCGGAAGGAUCUAGGACUUGCCAUGGACUGUGCCAAACAAGCUGAAGUGUCUGUUCCUUUGACCUGUCAAGUACACCAACUUUUUAACAUGAUGGUCGCGGGUGGCUACGGCAAGAAGGACUUCAGCUAUCUCCUCCCGUACCUCAAGAACGGCAAGUAA